UCCGUGUUUCCUUCCUUUAUUCCCCUCAAAAGUUUGAAUUUUUCACUAAACAAACUCUUAAUCCUAAGAGGGUCUCUAGCAAAUUAUGCAGGAUGUUGCAGCAACCAGUGGAAACUUAGAAACAGAGAAGAAUCCAGGCAUUGCUGAAAUUAAAGAAGCUGAGAUAACACACGAAGAAAUUAAGGAGACUGACAAUUUAAAUACUAAAUGUGGAGAAAAAACAGAUAUAGGUAGUGAAGUUGUAGUAGAUAUUGAUGACAAAUUAGAGAAUGAGGAAAAUCAGGGGAUAGAAAAAGUAUGCCGUAUAUGUCAUUUGAAUGAGGAUCAAUCCAUGGAAAUGUUGGAGCUGGGUUGUGAUUGUAAAGCUGAGCUUGGUGUUUGUCAUCGCCAUUGUGCUGAGGCUUGGUUCAAUCAGAGAGGCAACAAAUCAUGCGAAAUAUGUGGGAAGCCAGCAAAAAAUGUGGAAACAAGAAUAUUACCAGAGACGCAAAACAGAAUUAUGGUGGUAGAAUGGAACCACAGGGCAAUAGAGGCCAGAAGAAGUUCAUACAUAUCCCAUUCCUCUGCUACACACAAUGAUUGUAGAUGGAGAUGUCAACAAUCUUGCUGUAAUUUCCUGCUUGCUUGCUUUGUCGUUGCCUUUACUCUCCCAUGGUUUUUCCGACUUAGUUUACCUUAACAAAUACACUCUAAAAUAUCUCUGUUCAUGGGUAAUACAUAAAACAGUACUACUAGGCUAAAACUAUUAGCCAACUAUACUCCUUUCGCCAUACCAAAGGAAAUAAUUCACAGGCGUAUUUGGUACGACGGAUGUCAUUUCUCAUGAAAACAUUUUUCAUGAUGUGUU